CUCCUGGCCGAGGGCUCUUCGGCCUGGGGCCGCACAGCCCGCUUCGCGGCCAGAGGCCCCCCCGCACCAUGCCCGCUCGCGCGCCGGCGGCACGCGGGGGCCCGCUCCCCGCCCUGGCCCCGCUGCUGCUGGCGGCGCGAGGGGCGCUGGCAUCCCCCCACCGCCGUGGCGGCGAGGCGCCGCGGGGGCGGCGGCUGGACGCAGGCGCCUCCUGGGGGUCGCCGUGCGAGGACUACCAGGCCGUGCAGAUCAGCGGCAUCAGCGGCGGCGAGGCCGCCAGCUGCGAGGACGUCCUGGCCGCGGCCGCGGCUCUCGGGGCCGACUGCUCGGCCCGCCUCGCGGGGCUCUACGCCUCGGCGGUGGGGCUCAGCCAGACGGUGCAGGAGGCGUGCUGCGCGGCGUGCUCCCCGAGCCUGGUGCCGGUGGUGCUGGAGGUGGGGUCCGAGGCGGAGCUGAGCCUGGCGCUCUCGAGCAAGAAGGUGGCGUACGACGUGCUCCUGACGGCGAGCGUCGUACUGGAGAAGCCUUUGUGGGUCGACGGCAAGAAGCGGGUCACUGGUAAGGGCCAGGUGGCGCUGUCCGGCAACGGCAUGCGGUCGAUCUUCAACGUGGCCGACGGCGCCAUGCUACAGGUCGAGAACAUAACGCUGGAGGAUGCCAGCGGCCCCGCCGUCUGUGUCUUCCACGGAGGUGACCUCGCCGUGGUGGGCUCCGUGCUGCGCAACAACCGCAACCUGCAGAGCCGGCGGCUCGAGGCCCGGGGCCCAGCGGGGGCCCGAGGCCCAGCGGGCGCCGUCUACUGCAGCGGGCUGCCGACGGGGGUGCAGAACGUGACGCUCCCGAGCGGCACCGAGGCGCAGGUCUACUGCGACGGGGAGACCGAUGGCGGAGGAUGGGUGCUACUUCUGUCGCACACCGACUCGAUUGACCAGUAUACCUGUGAGUCCAUCCCCACGUUGCACGGUUGCCCGGGCAUGCCAGGCUCUACUGAGGAGAAUGUCUACGACGGUUCUGCCAGCCCAUUUGGUCACGACGUAUCCGCAAGCGACCCCUCUCCAGCGGGUGCCUACUCCAGGAACUGGACUAGCAUGGGCCUCGAGCCGCAGAUCGGAGACGAGUUUUUGCUCAAGCGUGGCACAACAGGAGACUGGGUGCGCUUUGUGCAGCUGGGGCCUUGGUGCGGUUGGGAUCAGACGCGGAACUGCAUGCCCUGGGUCGACAGAGACACUGCCCACGGCUUCUACACCAUGGGCACAGUCUACGACAGCUCUGGCAAAGAGUUCGUGACUGGCGGGAGUAGCGGUACGGAGCGCUUCAAGUAUUUCAACUCGUGCACCAAAGCGGGUGGCUGCAUGCGUUCUGGCAACGACGGCGUGGGCUUCGGCGUGCUGGAGUCGCACCUGCGGGCCACAGAUGGUAAUGGCGGCUUUGGGGGCACUUGGGGGCCACCUUGUUUUCGAUGGAACGGUGACGCAUGCGACCAGGGCGCCCAGCUCCCGUACACUUACUGGCACCGCAUGGGCGCCAGUGGGAUCACGGAGACGCCGCUGUGGAUGAUGCCAUGCACCGAGGGAGGCGGAGCCGUUGCGGCCGAGGGUGACAACAACAUCGAAAUCCGCGACAGCGUUUUCUACGGCAAUGAGGCUCCAGUGGGUGGAGCGAUGCACUUCAAAGCCUCGGAGGCAGGGGACUACUUCACGAAGCCUUCGAGCUACGUGUCGCUGAAGGGUGUCACGGUGUCGGAUAACAAGGCAACUUACGAUGGUGGGGGAAUCUCGGUGGCCGGCACGAACAAUAAUCGGCAGGUGUACCUUGACAUCACCGCCUCCCGCAUCCAAGGCAAUUCAGCAGGGGUGUCCACGGAGGACCGCGGUGGAGCUAUUUCUAUCAACAAGGGGUUUUUGACAAUGUCGAUGACAGAUGUGCUCAACAACACGGCAGACAUCGGCGGUGGAAUCUCCCUGAGAAACGCGAACGCGCGGCUCGAGCUGUGCACUCUUGGGUCUAAUCUUGCAGUGACACGAAGGGGUUUCUCGGGCGGCCUGUCCAUCGAGGACGCGAGCUCGGUGGAGCUUGAAGGGGUGGAGUUUGCGAAUAACAUGGCAAUCCCGUCAACUGGAGAUCCUACGCAACCGGGCGUCGACAUCUACCUCGGAGAUGGCUCCGUCUCUUGCGGCUCAGCCUGUGGUCCAGGAGCGUACGAGGCGGAGCUCGCCGUGGCCGACUGCGCCGACGCGUACUACGCAGGCUGCGACGCCGUGUGCUAUAGCACCACGCCCGACCCGUCGACGUGCAGACCCUGCGGGCAGGGCACCUACAACCCGCUGCGGGGAGCCCUCAGCUCAUCUGCCUGCCUGCCGUGCGCGCCCGGCACCAGCUCGUCUGCGCUCGGCGCCUCCCUGCAGGGGUGCGAUGCCUGCGAGGCCGGCACCUUCUCGGAGGGCGGAGCCCGGGCAUGCACGCACUGCGCGCCUGGCACCCACGCGGCAACCAUCGGCAGCACGCAGUGCGCGGCGUGCGGCGCGGGGACCUUCGCGGCGAGCUCGGGGCUGUCCGAGUGCCACAUCUGCAACAUGAGCAGCUACUCCGACGCGCCAGGGUCCACCGAGUGCACCACCUGCCCCGCCGCCAAGGCCACGACCGCCCCCCUCUCGCUCUCCGCCUCGGCCUGCCGGUGCCAGGAGGGGCACCUGGCCCUCCGCGGCGGAGGCUGCGGCGCCUGCGACGGCGAGCGGCUCGAGUGCCCGGGCGGCGCGCUCGAUGGCACUGUCGUGACCAGGCCCGGCUUCUACCUGCGCGCCCCGGCGCCAGAGACUGCGCCCGGCAGCUUUGCCGAGGUGCCCGAGCUCUUCCGGUGCAUGUCUCAGGAGGACUGUCCCGGCUCCCUGGGCCCGGGCGAGUGCCCCCAAGGCCACGCGGGGAUCGCCUGCGCAGAGUGCGCCGACGGCUUCAGUCGCGUCGGUGGCUCGUGCGAAGAGUGCGAGAGCACCCGCGUCCGUUUCACAGUGCUGGUCAUCCUGGGCCCGCCGGUGUUCCUGGCGUGCAUGGGGGGAGUCCUGUGGAUGGCGAGCAGGCCGUACGAGCACCACGUGACGCUUGGUGGUACGAUGGGAUCUACCCUCGGCGUGCUGGUCACCUCGCUGCAGCUCUACUUCAUCCUCUUCGAGAUGGAGGUUCAGUGGCCAGACUCCUUCCGGAUCACCGUGAUACAGCUAGCGAGGGCAGUCGUCAUCGACGAGGCCAACCUGGGGCUAGAUUGCUACUGGAAGUAUCCUCCGCUUGCCAAGUUCUCGGCCAAGCUCAUCGUCUUCAUGGUGUCGUUGCUUUCCCUGGCGGCGCUGUGGGCUGGCUGCCGCAAGUUCGUGGGGGCGGCGCGGCUAAUGGGCGAGGGCGCGCUCCUGAACGCCUGGGGGUUUGUGAGCAGCUUGGCCUUCGUGCCGCUGGCAGUCCACGCCUCGCAGGUGCUGAAUUGCUACGCGCACCCUGGGGGCCACUGGUCGAUGCGGUCCAUGCCAUCAAUGCUCUGCUAUGAGCCAGAAUGGACCAGGACGAUGCUCCCAGCGGGCAUCGCGACCUUCGUCGUAUUCGUGCUGGGGAUGUACACGAUCUUCGUUUACUUGACAAUGCGCAUACCCAGGAUGGAGAGGGCGUCAGCGAGCGUCGGCUUCUUGCUGCUCCGCUUCAGGCCGGACGUGUACUAUUGGAGCGUAAUCAUGUACACUCGGAAUAUGUUGCUCUCAGUGGUUCCGGUUGUUGCGCCAGACAAGCCAUUCGUGGUAGCAGUGCUGUUUGUGAUCGUCUGCAAAGCUUACAUUGCCCUGGUGGUUGUUUAUCGGCCUUGGAAGCUGGGCCAUCACAACGCCCUGGAUGUGGUGGUCACUGGCGCGCUGGCAGCAACACUCGUCGCUGGAGCUGCUUUUGCGAACGCACAGACGUACCCGAACAGCACUGAUCUGAACGACAGCUCCUGGAUAUUCCUCGUUGUCUGCGUGGUGGCACCGUUCUUCCUUUCUAUCGCUUGCAUGCUACUCGUGAUCUACAAGUUUUGGGCAACGGAGGCUCAGCGCGACACUCGAGCGGCGGCGACGCUUUUCCGGCAGGUCUUGCACGAGAUGACGGCCAAAGCGGAGCCCGUUUUUGCUCUGGUGGAGACAGAUCCCGAUGCAGAGCGUGUGUUGAUGGAGAACUUGGAGGGCUUCAGCCCCUACGACAUCAGCACGACAAAGUGGGCGUGCUUGCUGAUCAGCGGCCUCCUGAUCGGGCGAUCAUCGAGCAGGAGUAGCCUGACUCGCCUGACGAGCGCACCCAGCGACCUCAUCGCUUCCUUUGACCCAGCCGGGUGGAGGGCGGCCGAGGAGUCCUCCACUCCGAACAAGGCAGCGCCCGCGUCACCGCGGGAGCCACGUGUGGACCAGGAGUCGCACGGGUAUUGCCGGCCAUGCCGGGCACCCGUCGCCGCGUCCCGCGUCGCGCCGGCCCGCGCUCCCCGGUUCUCGAUAUGACCGGAGGUCUUUCCGCAGGGCAGCCCUUUCCCCGCAGGGCAGCGCGGCUGCCGUGCCGCGGGGACCCGUGCAGGUUUCGGGCGCGGCUGUCCGCGCUCCGACGCGAUAGCUUCAAAUCGGCUCCAGGUCCUCGUCUCCUCUGCUCCUGCUCCUGUUCUUCCUUGUCGGCCUGCCUGGUCUCAGCUGCGAGCGAUGUGGUCUGCAUUCAGCCCGUGCAAGAAGGACGGGCGAGAAGGAUGCAAGGGCCUUGAAAGGCCAUGCCGACACUCUGCGAGCGGGGCGCGGCCAGCGAGAGCGGCCAAGGAUGGACCGAAGGGGAAGGGUGCAAAAGGAAAGCCCAGCCCCUGACCCUGGCAGCUCUUGCUCGCCGCCGGUGCACCCACGCCCCGGACGAUAUCGACCUCUUCCAGACUCUCGGCUCCAGAGCCCGCGACCCCGUCCCUCGAGCGGACUCUGCGGCACGGCCUGCUUCUCA